CCUUUUUAUGUUUUUCCCCGCCAAAGACCAAAUAUUCAAAUUUUGGAAGGUUUUAUUUUUCCCCGCAUGCAAAACGUUUUGUAUAUUUUAUUCAACGUUAAAUUGUGCUUUUAACAGGCGUCUAUCCCGAAAAGUUCAGUUUAAAUAACAAACCCUCCUUUUCCUUUUUGAAAAGACAACCGCGUUAUGAAAUGUCAUUGGUCUCCGGCUAUAAAUAGCGGAGUAGAGAGCAACUCUCCUUAUCUAUCAAUUAAAAUUGUAUUUGUUUCCAAUUAUCAUUUUCUAAAUCCUUUGUUUUCGAAAACACCUCCCAAGAACGAAAAGAAAUGUCGACGGAGUCGUAUGAAGAUGCCCUUGAAAGACUGGGAGAGCUUCUCAGGCAAUUAACCUGCAGUAAGAUAUCGGAUCUCGGGAACGUGGCGGCCGUAAAGAUAAAGAAGUUAACGGAUGAGCUAGAGGAACUUGAUUCCAACAAGUCAUCAGAUGCCGUAGAACGAAUCAAAUCCGGAUUUCUCCAUUUCAAGACUCGCAAAUAUAUGAAGAGACCUGGUUUGUACAAUGCACUUGCCAAGAGCCAGAGUCCCAAGUUUCUGGUGUUUGCUUGUUCGGAUUCCCGAGUUUCCCCUUCUCACAUCUUGAAUUUCCAACCUGGGGAAGCUUUUAUCGUUAGAAACAUUGGAAACAUGGUUCCACUUUUUGACAAGACACAACACUCUGGUACUGGUGCCGCUCUUGAAUAUCCAAUUGUAAACCUCAAUGUGGAGAACAUUCUGGUAAUUGGUCAUAGCCGUUGUGGUGGAAUAAAGGGACUCAUGUCCAUUGAAGAUGAUGCAGCUCCUAGUAAGAGCGUUUUCAUAGAGGACUGGGUCAAGAUCGGUACACCUGCCAAGAACAGGGUUAAGCAGGAGUUUGAAGACCUGAGCUUCGAAGAUCAGUGCACCCACUGUGAGAAGGAAUCGGUGAACGUUACCUUGGGGAAUCUGAUGUCUUACCCAUUCGUGAGAGAAAGGGUGGUGCGUAACAAGCUUGCCUUACGAGGAGGUCACUACGAUUUUGUGAACGGAACAUUUGAACUCUGGGAACUCGACUUCAAGACCACACCUGCCUAUGCCUUUUCUUAAAACAUUCCUGCUUACCUUUCUCUCUAUGUUGCUUCUAAUUAACUGUGUUCUUAUCAUCUUUCUUUGUUUCAUAUGUUUCUUGUUUGUGUUUCUUGUUUCUGUUUGAAAAGAAAUGAAAAUAAGCUAUAAAAAGCAUUUUUUAGUUUCUGGCUGCAUUCUGAUGGGAUCCGGUGCAUUAGUGGUGGUAUGAUCGCACCCGUUAGUACAUGUAAC